CAGCAGCUGAAAGGAGAACCAGGAUCCAACAAGUGCCGAGCUGGAGGCCGGCCUCCCUCCUCCCCACCUCCUCCCCACCUCCUCUCCACCUCCUCCAGACGACUCAGACUUUCCUCCUCUCCUCCGAACCACGGAGCAGAACUCAGAACAUCAGCCGGAGCUGAAACCACGCAGCAGAACUUCUCUCUUCAUUCAGGAUUUUCACAGGUGAAAAUGGCCACGCCAAAAAACACUCCCCGAGGUGGAAACACCCCGCUGUCCCCCAACCGCAUCACCCGGCUCCAGGAGAAGGAGGACCUCUGCAACCUCAACGACCGCCUGGCGGUCUACAUCGACAAGGUGCGCUCCCUGGAGGCGGAGAACGCCGGGCUGCGCCUGCGCAUCACCGAGUCCGAGACGGAGGUGACCCGGGAGCUGACGGGCCUGAAGGCCGCCUACGAGGCCGAGCUGGCCGACGCCCGGCAGACCCUGGACUCCGUGGCCAAAGAGCGAGCCCGGCUCCAGCUGGAGCUGGGGAAGCUGAGAGAGGACCACAAGGAGCUGAAAGCCAGGAACACCAAGAAGGAGUCGGAGCUGGGGGGCGCCCUGCAGAGGCUCAAAGACCUGGAGGCUCUGCUGAACUCCAAGGACGCCUCCCUGACCACGGCUCUGGGGGAGAAACGGAGCCUGGAGGUGGAGAACCGGGACCUGAAGUCCCAGGUGGCCAAGCUGGAGACGGGUUUGGAGGAUGCCAGGAAGCAGCUGCAGGACGAGAUGCUGCGCCGGGUGGACGGAGAGAACCGAAUCCAGACCCUGAAGGAGGAGCUGGACUUUCAGAAGAACCUCCACUCAGAGGAGCUGCGGGAGGUAAAACGRCGCCACGAGUCUCGGAUGGUGGAGCUGGACAACGGCCACCAGCAGGAGUUUGAGAGCAAGCUAGCCGAGGCGCUGGCAGAGAUGCGCGGUCAGCACGAGCUGCAGAUCAAAAUGUACAAGGAGGAGAUCGAGAAGACCUACAACACCAAGCUGGAGAGCGCUCGUCAGUCGGCGGACAGGAGCAGCCACCUGGUUGGAGCCGCUCACGAGGAGCUGCAGCAGACCCGGGUCCGGCUGGAGUCCACCUCAGCCCAGCUGAGCCAGCUGCAGAAACAGCUGGCGGCCCGCGAGGCCAAGCUCCGGGAGCUGGAGGACGCUCUGUCCCGGGAGAGGGACACCACGCGCCGCCUGCUGGGGGACAAGGACCGGGAGAUGGCUGAGAUGAGGCAGAGGAUGCAGCAGCAGCUGGACGAGUACCAGGAGCUGCUGGACGUCAAGCUGGCUCUGGACAUGGAGAUCUGCGCCUACAGGAAGCUGCUGGAGGGCGAGGAGGAGAGGCUGCGGCUGUCCCCCAGUCCUCCCCCCGCCAGGAUGACAGGAAGUCGCUCCUCCACCUCCGCGUCCCGCCUGGUCCACAGCGCCGCCCGCRGCUCCCCGGCCAAGAGACGCCGUCCCAACGACACGGACAGCGAGGCGUCCAGCUUCACGGGCGGAACCGUGGCCCGGACCCGCAUCAGCCAGCAGGCCUCGGCCAGCGGGCGGGUCACCGUGGACGAGGUGGAGCUGGACGGGAAGUACGUCCGACUCAGCAACAAAGCUGACGAGGACCAGAACCUGGGGAACUGGCAGCUGAAGAGGCAGAUCGGAUCCGGCRCCCCGAUCGUCUUCAAGUUUCCCUCUAAAUUCACCCUGAAGGCGGGUCAGAGAGUCACGAUCUGGGCCUCUAACGGAGGUGGAGUCCACAAUCCCCCYUCAGACCUGGUCUGGAAGACUCAGGCUUCUUGGGGCACUGGAGACCAGUUCCAGACCAGUCUGGUCAGCGCCAGCGGGGAGGAAAUGGCGAUGAGGARGGUCAUCCGCACUCACUUUGAAGAUGAAGAUGACGACAUGCAGGUGGCCCACAGCACCUGCGGUGAUGGCGAGUACAACCUGCGCAGCCGGACCGUGGUCUGUGGUUCUUGUGGACUUCCUUCGGACAAGUCCAGCAGCUGCUCCGUGUCCUCGGCGUCCCGCUCGUUUCGCUGCGGGGGGGUCUCCGAGGGUCUGGUUCCACAGUCAUAUGUGUUCAGCACCAGCACGCCCCGCAAGACUGGAUCCAGGAUGGAGAGCUGUCCAAUCAUGUGAACUGAGUUUCAAAAUAAAAGCUUUUUAUAAAGUUUAGCUAAUAUUAGCUGAUUAUGAAGUAGUUUUUAGUAGAAUCAGUACAUAUAGGAUGAAUCAUAUUAGUUUUGCAUGCUUACAAAACAAGUUUUGGAUUUAAAUAUUGAUUAAAACAUUUUUUUAAUUAUAUUUUUCUGUUGUGUUUUSUAACCUGAAAGAGGCAAAAUGUUGUUUUAUCACUUUAUUAAACCAAAGUUUGAUGGGRAAAUGUUUAUGAAAAAUGUCCCCUGAUACUUUUUACUGUCUUUCCUACAAAUAUUCAGAAUAUUUUGUACUUUUGCUGAUAUUAAUAAACAUUUUUCAGAAA